UCUGUUUAAAGAGUCUGGCUGAGAGCAGAUGACUUUUUGUUGUUCUCAUCAUUGCUCCGGAGUUUCUGUUAAAUAACAAAAAUAAAACAGAUUCUAAAACAAAACAAAAAAAAAAAAACAGACAACAUUACUUUCAGCACCUGCUUAUCACUAGAUCUAUUAAAUCAUCAGAAGGAUUUGACUGAAUCAAGAUGCUGCUGAUCAUUGAAGCUCUUCUUCUCAUUUUAGCUGCUCUAGGACAGAAUUACAGAGCUGCUGAUGAGGGACAGAUAUUUCCACUGGAUAUGGUACCGAAUUCAGUUGAUGAUCAAUAUAAGGGCUGUACAGAGAAAAUGGCGAACCUGGUGAGGACUAAAUAUCUGAAAAAGGAACUCAGUAACUCAGAUACUUUUAGAAAUGCUUGGGAAACAGGUCUAAAGAAUGUUUCUCAGAACUUUCGCAGUACAUUAAAAAAAGACCAUAAAGUUGCUAUCUGGGUGUACACUGACCCACAGUCUAAAAUAUAUGUAAAAUUCAACAAUGACACUCGUAAUGACAAACAAAACUACACAGUCGAGACAUACAAAUGGUAUUCACUUCACUUUCUGUUAACAGAUGCGAUACAGAUUCUGAAGAAAAAACAACAUAAACAGAAAAAUACAUGUUUUAAAACUUUUCGUGGUACAAAUGUUAAGUUUAAUGGGCAUGUUUUUACAGACAUUCGUUUUGGCUCAUUUACAUCCUCCUCUAUUUAUUAUCGCAGAGCACAAAGUUUUGGAAAUGUAUCUUGUUUUGAAAUCUACACUUGUGAAGGUGCUAAUAUUACAAAAUAUUCUAGGACUCCUUAUGAGGGAGAGGUUCUGAUUCCUCCAUAUGAGAUGUUUAAUGUUAUUGCUGUCAAAAAAAAGGCAGUUCAGCCUAAUCUCUUGUGUGAGACUGUGUUUGUGUUGAACAGCACUGGAAUAAGAAGUGACCUGAACUGUGCUCUAUGCAAGAAACCAACCAAGACCAUAAAGUACUAUGGGCUGCACUGAACAAAGUUAUUUGAAUUUACAUGAAAUAGUCGUGUACGUACAGAAAAAAAGUGUGUUCAAGUACUAAUCAUUUAACCUACUGCAUGUUUCUUGUUGUUAUUGAACAUUGUCUUGUUAUAAGCAUUGUCUUGUUGUUCUUAAGCUUUUUUUUUCAGAUUUAACUUCUGUCAA